AUGGCUUCAAAUGCAAAAGCUUAUACUCUUAAAGAUUUUUCUGAUAACAAUCAUGAAUUGAAAAAAACUGAUUUAUAUACUUUUUAUCACCAUCAUUUUGACAAAAUAUGCGACAACACUGCUGAUUCAUUAUAUUUUUGUGAUUCCUUUAAUGGCGAUAAGUCUCUAGAUUCGCCUCUUCAAGAAUUUUAUAGAAAACUGGACAGAAAUUUAAAGCUAAUACCAAAAUUAUUAGCUCAACCUGCUGAAGACAUAAGUGUAGAUAAACAUAAACUUUGUUUUUAUUUGAAAUACUGGUUUUAUGAUCAAGUAAUAGCCAAAGAAAUUAAGAACGCUCAGAUAACUCAGCUUCUUAGUAUAUGGGAACGGAACAAAAGAGAGAAAAGUUUUGAAUGUGAACAUGAUGUUAAAUCACUACCCAUUAUUAAAAAAUUAAAAGAGUAUUAUGAUUAUUAUUUAUUUUUCGAGGCAUAUAAUAAUACAGAUAACAUGAAUAAAGAAAUAUGUAAUAAGAAAUAUUGCAAAUAUCUUGAAGAUGCUAGGUAUUCAUAUUUAUUAUUUACAACGAAAUGUUUUAGUAAAAAUGAUAAUUCCGUUAAAGAAUAUUGUAAUGAAUUUAUUGAAUACAUAAUGGAAUACCUUAAGAUAUAUGAUAAAUCCUCAAUUUCCUGCCAACCAGUUGAAUCAUCUGAAGAAGAAGAUACUUCCCAUCAAGAGGAAGUCAAAGCUUCAGGUAAGGUAUCACCGCCUCGUGGUGUAAGAGGAGUAGAAGAAGACGAAGACGAUGAUGAUAUAGCGGAAGAACCAGGAACAGAAGAAGAAGGAGAAGAAGUAAAAAUGGGUUUUGGUUCGCCUUUUACGCCGGGAUUUCAUACACCAGGUCGUUCUAUAUCACAUAGAUCUACUGAAAUUGACAAUCUCAUGCCAAUUGUCUAUCCAAGUCCUACUUCUGAAGACACUAGUAGAAAAACUUCAACCGUAGCUUCAGUUUCUUCUGUGGGUAUAGGUUGUACUCUAUAUCUCUUAUAUAAGUUUACCCCAGUUGGAUCCUUUCUAUAUCCACGAGUUCAAAACAUCAAGAACAAGAUCAAUAAUUUAAUUGGAGGACAAACGGAAGUACAACAAGAUGCAUAUAAUUUUUAUCCCACGCAUAUGGACAUGAAUAGGAUUAACAUUGCAUAUCAAUCUAGGUAA